GGCAGACUCUCAUUUUUCGCAACCUCUCUCUCUAUAAAAAGCCUCGACCUAUAACAAAACGAACCCAUCUCUCUCUUUAGAACCACCACACCCAGUUUCUCUAUCUAGGAAUGGGCUUCCCAGUGGGUUACACAGAGGUCUUCUUCCCCAACCUCUUCCUCCACACCCUCUCUCUUUUGGGUUUCAUCCGCAACCUCAUUUUCUUGCUCUUCCACUUUCUGGGCCUUUCCGAUUUCCUUGAGACUGACGCGGGCGUCUGGCCUGAGACCCGGGCCCAGCUGCUGCCCGGGUGCCAGACGCCCGCGUCGGUCCUUCUGAUCCGGGAAUUUCUCCCUGUGAUCAGGUUUGAGGACAUCGCCGGAGACCCACCGGAGAGCUGCGCCGUCUGCCUGUACGAGUUCGAGGGGAGUGAGGAGAUCAGGUGCUUGACGAAUUGCAAGCACAUUUUUCACCGAGCGUGUUUGGACCGUUGGAUGGACCACGACCAGAAGACGUGUCCGCUUUGCCGGACCGCGUUUGUGCCUGAAGAGGCCAGCGAGGAGUUGAAUCGACGGCUCUGGGCCACCGCCGAGUCGGAGCUGGAGCUGGAGCUCAACCGUGAUUUUUACAGUGAGUACAGUUCGGUCUGAUGAGGCUGCUGAGGAUAUUGCAAAAUGUAUAUAUACAUAAAAAAAAUUUGUGUCUAAUUUUGAGAAAAAAAAAAAAAGAGAGAAAGAAAUUUUUUGGAUUAUUUCUCUUUUGUUUUUGUAUAUUUUGAUAUUAAUAUUGAAAUAGAAAUACUACAAGAUUUUCAAUCUUUGAUCCCCAUUUCAUUUUUAGAAAAUUACAUCUGAGAUGUUUCUUCUGGGUUUCUAAUUUUGUUUUAGAAGGAUUGCAACUUGCAAGUGUUAAAUUUUCUCUUUUUUUCUUUUGGGAUUUUAAGGUAUAAUCUUUUUAAAUGGGAUUAAAGGAUGGUGAUUAAAUUAAGGAGGUUGAUGUUGUUGGCCAGGUAGCUGGUAGCCCAUCUAUUUGUUUGGAUCUUGCCAGAGUCAGUCAAGUCAAUGCUACUACACUUAAUAAGGACUUUCAACAAUUUAUUGAGUUUAUAUUGCUUUGGAAUGAAUUUUGUUUGGUGACAGACAUUAUUAUUUUGGAGUUUCUUUUUGUGGACUUUUAUCUUGAAAUUUUUUAAUGAGUUCUUUAGGUUUGUAUUUCUAUUAUAAAGUUUAGGCAUCAUGAUGAGCUAUGAUGGCACUUAAUUAUA